AUGCCUCACCAGGACGCGCCUGGACUGUGGAAGGCAUAGUAGCACGCUCUGCCCCCAGCUCGCUUGUGCCGCACUCCCCCAUCUGGCACAGAACAGACGCAGCGUGGCGAGGCUCGCUGAAAACUGACGUGUUUUGCGCAUUUCCUGCACUGCCGUUUAGACAGUCGGGGGGAAAAAGAGGCAGGUCUGCAGGAAACGGAGCACCAACGGCGAGGAAGCUGCCUGGAUCAGUGACGAGCAUACGGAAACCGAGAGCGAGGACUAGGGGUAAACUACAACUCGUUGUCCUCUAAGCGCUAUUUUGUCUACGAACUGACGUGCAUACGAAACGUCCCAAAUGCGCUGUGGACACACCGAGAUAAUUUCGUCCUCUUUCAGGCAACCGAGGAAUACAAGAGCUCUGAGAGAUUGGUCCUGAAGAGGUCCUGCUUCGGUUUAUUUUGCUCCCGAGGGUUGAGGUGGGGAAUGCUGGUCGAAUCUUUCAUGUGACAUUGGAACAAUUUACAAAGCUGUUUUCAUUUCGCUCAUUUCGCUCGAUUGUUCAGUCCGAAGGAUAUGAUUUGUGAGCUUUGACACCAAAUGUGUGAUGUUAUUCUGGAGUGCAACGGUCGGAGAGAAAUAUAAAGACAAUCUGUGGUGUGUGGAUAAUAUCGAAAAGGGUAAUUUGCAUUCAAUUUGAGCGAGUGCUCACGAGUGAGGAGACGGCGAUUUUCCCGUUAUUUUGAAGGGGAGGCGUGUUCGCAGGGAGACACACACAAGUAUCUACCUAUUCAUUCAGGAAGGCUCUCUACAUUAGAUAGAUUACCCCGUUGGAGUGACAGGGAUCAAGGAACACUCCACAUACCCUUGUUCCAAGUACAUUUUAGAGGGAUUACAUCACCACCAUGGUGGUUUUUAAUGGGUUAUUGAAGAUUAAGAUUCGCGAGGCUCUGGACCUGAAGCCGACGGCUUGGGCGCUGAGGCACGCCGUGGGCCCAAAGCCCCAGACUUUUCUAUUAGACCCGUACAUCGCCCUUAACGUGGACGACUCGCGCGUGGGCCAAACCUCCACUAAGCAGAAGACCAACAGUCCCGCGUGGAACGACGAGUUUGUAACCGAGGUCUACGAUGGCAGAAAGAUCGAGCUCUCCGUGUUCCAUGACGCGCCCAUCGGCUACGAUGACUUCGUGGCGAACUGCAUCAUUCAGUUCGAGGACCUGCUGCAGAACAGCUCCAAGCAUUUCGAGGAUUGGAUAGACUUGGAGCCGGAGGGGAAAGUGUACGUUGUCAUCGACUUGUCCGGAUCGUCCAGUGAAGCUGCAACAGGUCCUGAAAAUGAGGAGCGUGUAUUCCGAGAGCGCAUGCGUCCACGGAAAAGGCAGGGUGCUGUCCGAAGGCGGGUCCAUCAAGUUAAUGGACACAAGUUCAUGGCCACCUACCUGAGACAACCCACCUACUGCUCUCACUGCAGAGACUUCAUAUGGGGAGUCCUUGGAAAGCAAGGUUACCAAUGUCAAGUGUGCACCUGUGUGGUCCACAAACGCUGUCAUGAGCUGAUCAUCACUAAGUGUGCUGGACUGAAGAAACAGGAGGACGUGGCUGAAGAGGUGGGAUCGCAACGCUUCAGUGUAAACAUGCCUCAUAAGUUCAGCAUCCACAACUACAAAGUCCCCACCUUCUGCGAUCACUGCGGCUCCCUCCUCUGGGGUCUGCUUAGGCAAGGGUUGCAGUGUAAAGUUUGUAAGAUGAAUGUACACAGACGCUGUGAAAGUAACGUGGCCCCUAACUGUGGGGUGGAUGCACGGGGCAUCGCUAAGGUGCUGUCAGACCUGGGGGUCACCCCCGACAAGAUCUCCAGCACCGCACAGAGGAGGAAAAAGCUUCCACAGGGUCAAGAGCCACAGCCUCUUCCCUGCACCACACAAACAGAGGAGGACCGCUCCAAGUCAGCCCCUACCUCCCCAUGUGACCAGGACCUUAAAGACGUGGACAACAUCAGGAAGGCCCUGUCCUUCGGGGAGGAGCAUAAGUCCUCCACGGCAGCGGUGGGCGUGUCUUCUCAGGGUGCGGCCAAUGAGGGCCGGGAGAACGGGGAGGUCAGGACCCUCCCCAUCAAGAGAAUGAACCUGGACCACUUCAGCUUCAUCAAGGUCCUGGGCAAGGGCAGCUUCGGCAAGGUGAUGUUGGCAGAACUGCGGGGCUCCGAUGAGGUGUACGCCGUGAAGGUGCUGAAGAAAGAUGUGAUCUUGCAGGACGACGAUGUGGACUGCACCCUGACUGAGAAACGCAUCCUCGCACUAGCCAGGAAACACCCCUACCUUACACAACUCUUCUGCUGCUUCCAAACUAAAGACCGUCUCUUCUUCGUCAUGGAGUAUGUGAACGGAGGAGAUCUGAUGUUCCAAAUCCAACGUUCCAGGAAGUUUGACGAGCCACGCUCUCGGUUCUACGCUGCCGAGGUCACGUCAGCACUCAUGUUCCUGCACCAGAAUGGAGUCAUCUACAGAGAUCUGAAACUGGA